AUGGCAUCAUCAAAUAAUGGCAAAUGUCGAAUAAGUAGUUAUUGCGUUAUCAUUAGAAAUCCGAAGCAAAUUAAACUAACAAUGGAAUGCAAUAAACAAAGUUUGAAAUUAGAUAAUACUGAAUUUGUAAUUAAUGAAGAACAAAUGAUUGCAAUGUCCAAUUUUUUCAAACGAAUGUUAAUUAGUGGCGGGAAGAAAAAAAUAAUUGUACUUGACGAAUUAAAGCAAAAAGAACCGUGCUUCAAUGCGAUCGGAUUAGCAAUUGCAAUUUCAUUUGCAGAUGGAUAUGCUAAAAUACCACUAAAUCGAAUUAUCAAUGCAUUAGCAGCGGCAAAUGCCCUUGAAAUGUGGGAUAUGCGUAAAGCAAUCAUCGAACAACUGCGCAUAUUAGCAUCGAAACCGGAAAGUGCGCCAUUUGCUAUUAGUGUUGCUGUAUGCAAUUUGGAAAAAAAUAAGGCAAAAUAUGUCGUAAAGCAAUCAUUGGAUAAAUUUAAUGAAAUAAUCAAGCAGAAUAGCUUUCUUGCUAUCAAUGAUGCAAGUUUCGAGUUUCUCAUUUCUCUCUUCAUUUAUGAGCAUUCGACCACAAGUGAAAAUCAAGUAGCAAUUGGAUUAGCAGCGCAAGCAAUUAAAGUUUGGUGCUGUAAUGAUGAUCAGCGUUACACGUUUGUAAAGGAUAUACUUAAUAAAUUGCGAUUAUUCUGCAAUUUUGAUUUUAUCGACCAAAUCGAACGAUUAACUGAUCAAAAUUUAGCAAUUCACUCGUUUCGAGAUAAGGUAGAAUUAGUUAAUGAUGCCGCCACUCAACAUAAUACAUUUAAAAUGAUAAGCAUAACUAGCGGUGAUCCAAUUACGGAUUCCGAUGAACCGUUGAAGUUUGAAACAUUCCGUCAAAUUGAGCUUCCAGCAGUUAAACCGGAUGCAAACGGAAUUCGUCAUUAUUCAUUCACCAUAGAAUUUGAAGCACCAAAAGAACUACUUCUCUCGAAUAAGCCAAAACUUAUUGGCUUACAGCUUGAAGCAAUCGUAGAAUGUCCGAAUUAA